GGAGGAGCCACCAUGCAUCCCGGGCCGCCGUGCGCCCGGCCGCUCCGCACCGCGCUCCGCCUGUGGCUGGGCUGCGCCUGCUUCGCGCUGGUGCAGGCGGACAGUCCCUCUGCCCCAGUGAAUGUAACUGUCAGGCACCUCAAGGCUAACUCUGCAGUGGUCAGCUGGGAUGUCCUGGAAGACGAAGUUGUCAUUGGAUUUGCCAUCUCUCAGCAGAAAAAGGAUGUGCGGAUGCUACGCUUCAUCCAGGAGGUGAACACCACCACGCGCUCAUGCGCCCUCUGGGACCUGGAGGAGGACACCGAGUACAUUGUGCACGUGCAGGCCAUCUCCAUUCAGGGCCAGAGUCCUGCCAGUGAGCCAGUGCUCUUCAAGACCCCACGAGAGGCCGAGAAGAUGGCUUCCAAGAACAAAGAUGAGGUGACCAUGCAGGAGAUGGGGAGGAACCAACAGCUGCGGACAGGCGAGGUGCUGAUCAUCGUCGUGGUUCUUUUCAUGUGGGCAGGUGUCAUUGCCCUCUUCUGCCGUCAGUAUGACAUCAUCAAGGACAAUGAGCCCAAUAACAACAAGGAAAAAACCAAGAGUGCAUCAGAAACCAGCACACCAGAGCACCAGGGUGGAGGUCUCCUCCGCAGCAAGGUAAGAGGCAAGGAAUGGGCAGGUUGGGUGGCCCUGUGCCUCUGGUAGUCCCUGGACCGCAGAAGGGGUCAACUCAGGGCCUGGCAUGGGUGCAGCUAGGCAAAGCCAAGCUUGGCAGCUGCCUGUGUAACACAGGACAUUGCAAAUUGAUUUUGAAUCCUCUCCUUGUACUGCGUGCCAAAGGAUAGUGGUGUGGAGGGACUACCAGUACGGGGUGCUCAGCUCAUUUCUGUUCCUACUGUGUUGUUUGUCUUGGGCAGGUGCUCACCUCUGCACUUUUUAUUUCCUCUCUGAAAAACAGAUAUGAAACCUUUUCAGUGCUUGCUCUGAGCAGCUCAGAAGAAAGUAUAGAAUGUGAGAGGAUCUCAUGGCUCUGAUGAUGAUUACCCAACAAACAUCUGGCCUCUCUGCAUCUCCUCCUCUCCUCCAUCUUCUUGUAUCCUCUGGCUUACUGUCUUCUCUCUUGGCUUCUCUUUUGGCACCUUCUCCUGAAGCCUGCUAUUAACCCCAUCUACAGAAGCACCUCAGCAAUGCGAGUGGCUGAGGCUGUGCACAGAGGCACAUCUGCAGGAUGAGAGAGAGCCAGCCAGUGGGCGACUCUGCUGGGGGUAGGCUGGGUUUCAGGGCUCUGAGCCCAGGACUCAGUCUUGGCCACUCAGCUGUGCAAGGCCGAAGGCUGGGUAUGAAAAGGCAGAGACAAAAGCUCCAGACAGGGCUACUCUGUUCCUUCCAUGAGGGACAAGAGCUUGGCUUUCAGACUGCAGCCUUGCUGUUCCCUUCGUCCUUCUGCUGUUUCCUACCUUGCAAGCAGUCUAUUCAACUAGCUCUGGCCACUUCUCUCAUUUUUGUCCUCUCAGUUUCCAAACAAGCCAUCAGUGAACGUCAUUGAAGCAUGACUGCCUGUCUUCAGAGAGGAGGAUUUCGUUUUUCUUCUCCACUGGUCUCCAGGUCCUGGGUACAGGGAGAAAGCCACUGCAGCAGGGAACACACAACUAGCUGCAGCUCUCCCUCUUUUCCUGUAAUGUGAUGAAAGAGGUUGAUCUACAAACUCAAAUCUGCAAAAAAUAAGCCACAAAACUAAAAGGCCUGGCCCCAUUCUGAAAAAGGCAAAGCUGCAUGAGACAUGGCCUUCUGCCCCCUUGCUUCUCUUGGACUGGCUUCCUCUGAGAAAAUGUAGAGCUCUGGGAGAUGAAAGAACCAAGAUUAACAAACUACCUUUCAGAACAAGGUGGACCAGGGAAGCAGAGAGGCUGCUGUGUUAGUCAUUGCUUCGUCGUCUUUUCUGGAUCCAGCCAUCAAGGACUUGUUUGUGGUGUGCUACACACGUUUGCAAGUAUGUAAGAUGUUACCCAUUUUGUCUCUUGUGGAAAAUAAGGCAGAGGGCCUCAUUGAAGAGCACAGAGGAGUCUCCCAAGGCCUGAGCUUGUUGCCUGCAUCCUCUGUCUUCUUUGACCACUUAGUUUGAUGGUAAGAUCAUCAGUCUGGGAUCUUAAGACAUGAAAGGUAAUGCCCAUAUAUAUUUUUUUAAUUUUAAGAAAGCAUCUCUUGGAAUCUCAGCAGUGUCAACUUGAACUGAAAGGGCAUAUCCACAACCUGUAGCCUAAAAGGGCUGCUGAGCCACCCUCUGGAGCAGAAGCUGCUAGAAGGCAGGCCUAAGCCUAUAGCUGUCACUAUUGGCCUUUGGAGUUUUCAUAUCUUGCCAUCUCAUCCAGGGUUCUAAGUUCUGCAGGGUCCUCAUGUCCUUCCUGAGAGCCUGCGUGGUGUGAAGUGACAGGUCUCUCUACUGCCCCUUUAUGGUUAAAAAAAAAAAAAUGGUGCUUGAUGAAGAAAGACACUCUUCCUGGGACUGACACAUGGCUGCCAAAUGCCUGCAUGGGAAGAGGUGGACUCUGCAUCUUCUACUGGUGGUCAAGGAGGGGAGGAGGAUGUGUCUAGCCCAAGGCUGGCACACAGUAGGCACUCAGUAAUAACAAGAGCACUGGCACCCAAAGCCCUGUAGAGAGCUGAAAGCCAUCACCCUAUGACCGCCCCCUUCCUUCCGGUCUAUAAGAGCUCUCAAGGCUGGGUUAGCCACCACUCUACCUUGUCCAAGUAUGGCAGCAAAGGGGAGGAGAGAUAGGAAAAAAGAUGUCAGCAAUACUAAGGGCUUCCUCAUGGGAGGGCAUGAGGCUCCACUCAUUGUCUUGUGACUUCCAUCCCUGCUGAAUGGGGCUGCAAGGCCAAGGCUCCUUAAGAGAGAGGUCCUUACCUCUAAUCCAGUUAGAGCAAUAACCACUUUUUAAAUGUAAAAUAAAAAGACAAAUGAAAAGGCACAUCCUUGUCUUCUGGUAAAUGCCCAAAUGUUGCCCUCUUUUUCUGGCAGUUGGCAGCAAGUCAGGAUGUGUGGAGGAGGGAAUCAGUUCUCUUCCAUUUUGGCCUGCAGCUUCUUAGGGACAUGCCUGCCAGCCAAGCUGGAGUUGGAAGGGAAUUCUUGAACAGAUGGGGGUGCACGUGUAGAAGAAAAUAGCUGCUCCAUCAUCCUUUUUUUCUGAGGCUCCCCCAUGCCAAGUUGGGGCUGCCUCACUGCAUAGGUAUGCAGGCUGGUGCUCACUUUUUUAAAACAAAGGGUUUUCCCCCUGGAUGGGUUGGGUGAUUUCUUCUGCCAAAGGGAUACAAUUCUUGUCUCCCUGGGACAAAGAAGGGGUAAAGAAUUGCAAAGGCUGCUUUCUGAAGUUCAGUAUUCACAGCAUGCUGUUCUGGGCAGUUGAAGGGACAUUAUUAAGCUUCUAAAAGCAGCCUGAAAGGCAGAGAGUAAUGAUGCCAUUAGCCUAUGAGCUAACAAGUAAAUGGGGCACCUCGAACAUUCUUGUUCGUAGCCAUGAAGAGCUGGGAGACACAAUGUCAGACGAGCAGAAUUUAAAAGGUAAGUUGUUUAAAGGUUCUUGAAGCAGAUGGUAAACAGAAAACAGAAGAGCACAUAGAACUCUAAACCAGAUCUUAGAGAUGGUCCUCUGUGUCCAGAUGAUGGAGAGGCCAUCAUUUGGUAGAGAUAGUCAGUGGAGCGUGGGGAAUUCUGCAAUGCAGGUUUCCAGCCCUCAACUUUAUUAUAAUAAAGGGCACAAGGGGAGAGGAGUAAACAGCAUUCUUAGCAUAGAGCAAAAUUCCCUUUCAUUGCUUCCCUAAAUGAAAGAGGAUUGUGCUUUCCCCAAAGCAACUGUAUUUGAAAAGUCAAACACUGUAGUGAUGACCAGGGAUGUUGUCCCUUCACCACUUCUCACACAGCUCUGCACAGAGAAUUCCUCACAAGUUGGGAAGGGCACAGGCAGCUCUUUGAAUGGAUGACACCUUACCUGCAGAAUACAGCAGGCCUAUGGGAGGAAUGCUGGGCUGAGAGACAAGAAGACCUUGCCUGGUAACCAGCUACCACCUCAGGCAAGUUACUUCCCAAGAGUGGCUUUCAUUCCCUUUCCACCAAGAAAAGGGUCCAGAGAGCAUUCCCAGAGCCCACCCACCUCCUAGAGUAGAGUUUCCUUCCUAGAAAUAAGAACCUGAGGAUCAGAGAGGAGUUAAGACUGGUGGUACAGGACUCCUUCCAGCUCCUACGCCUGUCAUCUGAUGCAUAGCUUCCCAGAAUGGGCCUCUAGAAUCCAUUUGUAAGAUCUCUAGUACAACCCUUUACAGGAAGAUGCAAUAUCUCACCAACCUAUUUACAUUUUGGACUUCUGCUUUCUCAUUCUCUUAACCCAUUUAACAAUUUUU